AUGGAGACCUCGAUGGCUUCCGAGGAUACGAGGGCCGGAGGCCGCUCACGUCGUGUCUCGCAACCGCCGGCAUACCUGCGUUCGUCAUACCAGUUGACGAUGCCGCGAGGUCGGCUGUCGAACGGGAAGCGUGGGGCGACCGUUCCCAAGCGCCUGAGCUUGUCCAAUAAGGGAAAGGAGGUGGCACAUUCAGAGCAAGAUGACGGCACGGGUGCAGAGAGUGCAGAUUCGUCGGAGCACAGUGAGGAAGAGGACGAGGAAAGCGACGACACAUCUGCGUCAGGAUCACACGAGGAAUCCGCCGACCUGGGUGCUGGAGGGAAGACGAACGACGAUGGAUGUGUGGGAAUAUCCGCGGCCAAUGCUGACAUGCGCACACAUCAAGAUGCGCGGGACACGGAUGUGGCUCGAGGCGACGGCCGAGGACAGGCGGACGGACUUGUUGGCCGCACACGCGUGAACACCUUGGACGCCAACGGCGAUGACGUGCGCAUCCCUAGCCGGAUCCUCGAGCAACUCAUACAGGCGCAGGACAAGAGCGCCAAGGAGAACGCGCGGUUGGAGGCGCUGUUCUUGAAUGCGAUGUCUCGGCCUUCCGGUGGCUCUCGUAAGCAUAAGGCUCAGAAGCAGAGAGACCCGGGGCAGGGUUGUAUGAACCCGAAGCAUCAGCGUGGUGAGACGUGGAGUGGCGGGUCCGACGGCGACGGCGAGGAUGACGAUGACGACACGCAUGGUUCUGGUGGCCGUCAUAUGCGUACCACCAAGUCUCCUAUUCUACAACGCGUGUUGGAGCAUUUGCCGACGGACAAGGCGUGGAAGGUGAGCGGGCAUGUUACCGCUGAGGCCCUAUUUCCGUUCGUCAGGGUUUGCAAGCUGGCCAGUGUGCACAUGUUUCUCAACAGGCCGACGUCGACGAUGACCUUCUACCCGAGCAGCGACGAUAAGACUCACGGAGUGUGUGCGGUGCUGGACCGCCUGCCGCAUAGCUUCGCCUGUUUGGCGUUGGCGGCUGACAAGUCGCGUCGCGCGGAUCUCAACAAGACGCUCUCUGAGUGGAAGACAAGGGCUGCCGCACGCGUGCGAGACAUUGCACUUCCCAAGCUCGGAUUGUUCCGCGACGACAGGGACGCAUGCAGCCCAUGGGCGCCCGAGAAGGCACGCAGUAUCGAUAAGAUCAGGGAGCGCAUUGGUCUUGGCGCUGACCCCCCUGGUGAGUGCAUUCUACCACAGCAGAGAGGGUUACCUACCUGGGCGAACGACCCUGAUGGCAUGCCGUUUGCCUCCCGGACAUUCGCGACAUGUGCGAAGGCUGCAUUCAGGCCCAAGAAGGCCGGGCUGGUGAUGACACUGAAGGUGUACCACCUGGCCUGGUUGGAGCAUGUGGUCUCCGACUGCGUCCUCUACUGGGAGGAGAGGAAAGGCCGGCUUUCCAACUCGGCCGGCGGCAACGCACACGUCGUGGACGGCCUCAAGGUCCUGGUGAAGGAGGCCGUGGAGAGGGCGAUCAGGAUCCGCAACCCGGAGUAUGACGCGGAGCGAGAGGCGUGGAUCUGGGGGCGCCAUGGACUGCGCAUCUCUGCGUGCGGCCUGGAGCACAUGAAGCCCACCGCCGCAGCUCAGUCCGAAGAGCCUGCGGGGGACGACGACCUCUCGGCGUCAGUUGGUGAUGAGUAG